AUGGCUAAUUUCUCCAUAGCACAACCUCUCUCACUGCCACGUCAUCCAACCUUCUCCAAUCCGAAUCAACCAACCACCAAUAACGAACGCUCCCGCCACACUCUUUCUCUGAUCGACCGAUGUGCAGAUCUCCGACAACUGAAGCAAAUCCAUGCCCAAAUGGUCCGUACUGGUCUCUUCAACGACCAUUACUCGGCUAGCAAGCUAUUCGCCAUCGCUGCACUCUCCCCCUUCGCGAGUCUCGAUUACGCCUGCAAGGUGUUCGAUCAAAUUCCUCAACCAAACUCUUUCACUUGGAACACACUUAUCCGUGCUUACGCUUCAGGACCAGACCCUUUACGGAGCAUCUGUGUUUUCUUGGAUAUGGUUUCGGAGAGCCAGUGUUACCCGAACACGUACACUUUCCCUUUCCUCAUCAAAGCCGCUGCUGAAGUUUCUUCUUUGUCUCUGGGUCAAUCCCUUCACGGCAUGGCGGUUAAGUCAUCGGUUGGAUGCGACGUUUUCGUGGCGAAUUCUUUGAUUCAUUGUUACUUCUCCUGCGGUGAUUUGGACUCGGCUUGUAAAGUGUUUACUACGAUUCAAGAAAAGGACGUGGUUUCGUGGAAUUCAAUGAUUACUGGGUUUGUGCAGAAGGGUUCUCCUGAUAAGGCUUUGGAGCUGUUUAAGAAGAUGGAGUCUGAGGAAGUUAAGGCAAGUCAUGUGACGAUGGUUGGUGUCUUGUCUGCUUGUGCAAAGUUGCGGAAUCUGGAGUUUGGGAGGCAGGUUUGUUCUUACAUCGAAGAAAACGGGGUGAAGAUGAACUUGACGUUGGCUAAUGCGAUGCUUGAUAUGUACACAAAGUGUGGAAGCAUAGAGGAUGCAAAAAGGCUUUUCGAUACAAUGGAGGUGAAAGAUAACGUCACGUGGACAACAAUGCUUGAUGGGUUUGCGAUUUUGGAAGACUACGAAGCAGCUAGAGAUGUUCUUAACUCUAUGCCUAAGAAGGACAUUGUUGCUUGGAAUGCUCUGAUAUCCGCUUAUGAGCAGAAUGGUAAACCUAAUGAGGCGCUUUUAGUUUUCCAUGAGCUGCAGCUUCAGAAGAACAUAAAGCUGAACCAGAUUACUCUGGUAAGUACUCUAUCGGCUUGUGCCCAGGUAGGAGCAUUGGAAUUAGGUAGAUGGAUCCAUAGCUACAUCAAAAAGCACGGCAUAAGGUCGAAUUUUUAUGUUACAAGUGCAUUGAUUCAUAUGUAUUCGAAAUGUGGAGAUCUUGUAAAGGCCCGUGAAGUGUUUAACACUGUAGAGAAGAGAGAUGUGUUUGUGUGGAGCGCAAUGAUUGGUGGCUUGGCGAUGCACGGAUGUGGAAAUGAUGCCUUGGAUAUGUUUUACAAAAUGCAAGAGGCUAAUGUAAAGCCUAAUGGUGUGACAUUCACCAAUGUCUUUUGUGCUUGUAGCCAUAGUGGUUUGGUGGAUGAGGCUGAGUCAUUAUUCAGCAAAAUGGAAUCUAAUUAUGGUAUUGUCCCUGAGGACAAGCAUUACGCUUGCAUAGUUGAUGUUCUUGGUCGCUCGGGUUAUCUGGAAAAAGCUGUGAAGUUCAUAGAGGCCAUGCCGAUUCCUCCAAGUGCUUCUGUCUGGGGAGCGCUUCUUGGAGCUUGCAAGAUCCAUGCCAAUCUGAAUCUUGCUGAAAUGGCUUGUACACGAUUGCUUGAGCUGGAACCUAGGAACGAUGGUGCGCAUGUUCUCCUAUCAAACAUAUACGCUAAAUCCGGGAAAUGGGAAAGCGUUUCUGAGCUGAGGAAGCACAUGAGAGUCACUGGACUGAAGAAAGAACCAGGAUGCAGCUCAAUUGAAAUCAAUGGGACGAUUCAUGAGUUUCUAUCCGGAGACAACGAGCAUCCGAUGGCUGAUAAGGUGUACGGGAAGUUAAACGAGGUUAUGGAGAGAUUGAAAUCGAGUGGCUAUGAGCCAGAGAUGUCUCAGGUUCUGCAGCUCAUCGACGAAGAAGAAACGAAGGAGCAAUCUCUGAAUCUGCACAGUGAGAAGCUGGCGAUUUGUUAUGGACUGAUAUCAACAGAAGCUCCAAAGGUGAUUCGGGUUAUUAAGAAUCUAAGGGUGUGUGGAGAUUGUCAUUCAGUUGCUAAGCUAAUAUCUCAGGUCUAUGAUAGAGAGAUAAUAGUGAGGGACCGGUAUCGGUUUCACCAUUUUAGAAAUGGUCAGUGUUCUUGUAACGAUUUUUGGUGAACAUUUUCACAUUUUCAAGAAGUCAAAAAUUUUGUAUUUGUUCCACCUUGUGUAUUACAAUCAUGUCAAGAUCA